CAAGCGUUGAUCGCUACUGCGAGGAGGGAAUAUGAGGUAGACAGGACUUUACACGGGAAUAAUGGCGGCGCCGCUCCGGCGGGACACCUUACCUGAGAACUGGUCUUAUGGGGUGUGCAGAGACGGCAGGGUCUUUUUCAUCGACGAUGAGACGAGCACCACUACUUGGCUUCAUCCCCGUACCUGUGAACCAGUUAAUUCUGGACAUAUGAUUCGGCCUGAUCUACCGUCAGGAUGGGAAGAAGGAUUUACGAAGGAAGCAGCGAGUUUCUUUAUCGACCAUAACCAGAGGACGACAACAUUCAGACAUCCUGUGACAGGCCAGAUAUCCUCUGAGAACACUGACUUCAGACUUCUGGACCAGACGGGCAUUCGCAUGCUGAAGGAGACGCAGACGGCCGCGCGGCCUUCCAGCACCAUCAGUGAGGCUUCCACCACUGUCACCUCCUCCACUGUGGACACCACAUCAGGCUCAAAGGGAUCUAGGUCCAGUGCAAGGGUCCAUAGCUUUGGAAAACGGGACAAUGCCAUAAAGAGAAAUCCCAGUGUUCCUGUGGUGGUUCGUGGAUGGCUCUACAAACAGGACAGCACAGGGAUGCGGCUGUGGAAGAGAAAAUGGUUUGUUCUGGCUGAUUAUUGCCUCUUCUACUACAAAGACAGCCGUGAAGAGUCACUGUUGGGUAGCAUCCCUCUGCCCAGCUACACUAUCUCUUCUGUGGGUCCUGAAGAUCACAUAAGCCGCAAAUAUGCCUUUAAGGCUACACACACAGGGAUGCGCUCUUACAUUUACAAACAGAGCUCUGUGAUUGGCUCGCAGGCGGAGCACACUGGGAUGAGGACAUACUAUUUUAGUGCGGACACACAGGAGGACAUGAAUGGCUGGGUCAAGGCCAUGAACCAGGCUGCACUCAUGCAGACCCAUACGGUCAAGAGAGAGGAGCUGGAUCAACCAGAUCAAGUGGACGUUUGUGAGAAACUCACGCAGCAGGCUGUUCCUCAGACAAAUCACAUCAACAGCUACGUAAUCCCUGAACCUGAGGUAAUCCAGAGUGGUGUGCUGCUUGAGGAGAAGCCAGAGUGCUUUGUGGGAGAGAUCCAGGUCACCCCUAGAGAGAAGGAGCUGAUGAGGGGUAAAUCUCCAACUAGCAGGACGGUGGAGGUGGAGAUUGUAGCUCCAGUGUCAGCACCAGUGUCUCAAGUCCCUUCUCGAGCUCCUUCCAGGGCUGUUUCCACUCCUCCGAACUUGCUGGGGAACGGAGCUCCCUUGGAACAGAAUGGAACCGGCAUGGUUGGGUAUCAGAGGGGGGCAACGCCUUCUUCUCAAACUCCAGUACAGAGGAGGAGUGCUCUAGAAAAGGUGGAGAACUGGGUCAAAGUGCAGAAAGAAGAGCGCCGGGGGUUUGUUUCUACUGAUGGCACUCUCCCACGCCAGACCCCUUCCAUUUAUCCAAAGUACGGUACAAUGGAGAAGUACCAGUCUUUACCUAAGACCACAUGGCUUAGCCCCACUACUGCCCACCGUCAGGUACCCAGUGAAUACAAAUACUCCCAUGACCGGCUUAAUCACUUUCAACUGAUGCAUGGAAAUAGCCAGCGUCCCCCGGCACACAACAAAACUGUGUGGCAGCUCUACGAAUGGCAACAGAGACAGAAAUAUCGCCAUGGCAGUCCCACCGCCCCCAUAUACAAUCCAGCUCCAGACUACUCCACUGCUGUAUCGUCCACCAGGGUCAACUCAGAUGUCUCUCGUUCCAUCUCUGUGCCUCCGACACUGGCAGACAUCCCUCCACCUGGGCCACCAGGGCCCAGGCUACUGUCUCCUCGGAGACCCCACACACCCGCAGAACGCGUAACAGUCAAACCUCUGGAGGACAGACUCACCGUGGAGGUGCCACCAUCAAACUCUCCACACCGGUCACGCUCAUAUAAGUCGGCAACAAUAGAGAGACGCUCAGUGCCUCCAUCUGGCUACAUAACACACACAGUCAGUGCACCCAGCCUUCAUGGAAAAACACCGGAGGAGCUCACCCUUCUCCUCAUCCAGUUACGGAGACACCAGGCCAUGAUGGCGGGUGUGCGCAAUGAUGCGCAGGCCCACCUCCAGCAGUUGUCUUGGUCGAAGGCUGAUGAUACAUACAUUCACUUGAAGAAGGACCUGGAAUAUCUAGAUCUGAAGGUGAGUGGGACAGAAACUCUCAAAGGACGGCCGCCCAAGCCAGUAAAGGUGGCAGAAAGUGACAUAGACGUGACACUGAGUCGACUGUGUGAACAGGACAAAAUCCUGCAAGAGCUUGAGUUCAGGCUCAGUGGGCUGAAGAAUGAUAAGGACAAGCUGGAGUCUGUUCUGGAUAUGUCUCACCAGCAGAUGGAGCAGUACCAGGAUCAGCCAGCUCAUGCUGAGAAGAUCACCUACCAACAGCGUCUCCUACAGGAGGACCUUGUCCAUAUUCGAGCAGACAUUUCUAGAGUGUCAACGGAGAUGGAGAGAGCGUGGGAGGAGUACACCAGACUGGAGCAGUCAGUGGAACAGCUGAGAGACAUCCUGCAGUCUCGGAUGAAUCUCUGCACAUCACCUCCGGAGAAAGCUCAGUUAAGGAGGGAGCUCUGGAGGAUAGAGGAUGUUAUGACUGGAAUCAGUUCCACCAAAGAAACCUUUAAAAUCACUGUAGACUCAGUAAAGUACCCAGAGAGGAAACUCGUGCCUUCAGUGACCGAGUCAACAGUGCCUUCUCGGUGCGUGACCCCAGCAGCAGUUGAAGUGCGGUCACCCAUACGCAGUCUUACCUCCAGUCCGUUAUCAUUGCCCCUGGACAAUGAAGCUAUCCUUCAGCAUUCUCAAGCUGUGCCAAAAUGGGAAGAGGAUUAUGCUCCACCCAGACCGCCUUUGCCCCUCGUCUAUGAUGAGGACACACCCCCCGUUGUCCCACCACUUCCGAAGGAAACAUCGGUCAUCAGACACACAUCUGUGCGAGGCCUCAAGCGACAAUCUGAUGAGAGGAAACGUGACCGAGAGAGCAACUAUAUUAAUGGAGAUAGCAGGGCAGAGCUGCGGUCCUUCCUAAGUGAACCAGAGCUUGCUGGAAGUGACCGUGGAUCAGAUCAGGUGGACUCAGGCUAUCUGACUCUCCAAAGAAGAGGUCUGUCAGGCUCUUCAUCCAGGAUAAACCAGUCCAGCACUGUGGCCUCCUCUUCACUGAGGAGAGGAGAAUCAGCAUUGCACACAAUGGAGAGACCAAAGAGUGCCUUGGAGCGGCUGUGCUCAGGAGAGACUCCGUCUGAUCAUCCGCAGUUGCAGAGGGGGAGGAUGAGUGUGCAGGAGCAGCUGGAGAGAAUGAAACGGCACCAGAGAUCUCUAGUGCGUGAGCGCAAACGUAACUUGAGUCAGGGUGAGCGACAGUCCACCGGCUCCCGCGCCUCCACUCGACCUGUCAACUCUGACCCAGGAUCAGGCUGGGAGAAAGACAUUGCUUUGCAGCAACCAGAACAUACUGUGCUGGAGAAAAACCGUCAACAGCCUGGAUCAGAUGAAUGGCUUACGGUUCAGGCAAGGCUAAUAAAUGAACAGGACAUGGAGCCUGUGGACUUUGAGCUUGAUCUUACCCGAGAGCUCUCAACGCCCCAGAAAGUGCCCAUCCCAAAGAGACUGCCCAACAUGGAAUCAGAUGAAGACCUAAGUCCAGAGGAGAAGGAGGCUCGCUCUCAAAACGUAGCAAAGAUAAAAGGCCUACUGUCCAGGUCAAGUGUGAAGUCUAUGGCAGAGCCUGCAGACAUGGAGCAGUUAGACUUUACUGAGCUGGAUAAUGCACUGCAGCAGCAGGAGAGGAUCAUGAACAUGCCUCUUGCUCUGGCCUCAGAGGCUUCUAUCAGGAGGAAGCAGAUUGCAGCCAGGACGAGAGCUGAGGACUAAAACGUGUUGAGAAGCUAUCUUGGGUACCCAAAGAUCAAUUAUUUUAGUUUUUAUAUCACAUAUUUAUAAUUUACAUCCAAUUUUUUAGGUACUCUGAUGUUCAAAAUGUUUUAAAUACAAGUUUUUAUUAAUUUGACUGGUACACUAUUUUGUCAACUACAUUUCCAGUUUAUACAUAUCAAAAGGCUCUUUUCUAGAAAUGGUUUAGUAAAUUGUGCAUGCCGUUAUUUUUGUUAAAAAUCCUGUAAAUGUGCCUUAAUGUACAUUAUAUUUUGCAGUGCUGUGUAUUGUAACAUAUAUCUGUUUUAACUGAUAAAAAUUGUCUAAAUAAAUAAAUACAAAAUACCUUUUUUGACACAUUUGUUUCCAUUCACCAAAACAAUAAAUAUUUCAUUGUUAUUAGAUUGACAUAAAAAUUAUAAUUCUUACACUCCAUGGCAUAGCCUAUAAUAGUUGUGGAUCUCAAGCUCAAAUACACUGUUUGUGUCACACGAUUAUUUACAUAUGAAGCCACUGCAUGUCCUUAGUAAAAUUAUUAAAAAAACAUAUCAACAGCGUUGUUAGAGGUUUUAAAGGGAUAGUUCACCCCAAAAUGAAAAUUCUC